CACUACAAGCUUCCUGGAUAUUUCACAAUGAAACCUGUUGGGACAAAUCACUAUCGUUAUCAAUGAGAAGAGCAAACACAUGUGGGUAUAAAUUACAGCAGCAGACUACCCGCAGAACGAGAAGCAAGGACCGAACCGUAUCAGAUGCCAAUCUCAUUCUUUCACCAUGAUGCUUAGAAUUGCUGCGUGUGGAUUCCUCUUCAUCUGCAUCCUGGCGCUUGGGACAGAACAUGUAGAUGCUGGAUCAAGCUUCCUGAGUCCUGCUGGUAGCAAACCUCAGCUGGGGAAGCCUGUGAAAAAGCCGGCUGAACCCAAGAUGACACGUCGAGAUUCAGAAAGCAUGGUGGAGAUUUUGGAAGGGCAAUUUCAUGACAUUGGAAACAACAAAAUAAUGUUCAGUGUGCCUUUUGAAAUCGGGAUCUCAAUGUCAGAAUCUCAGUAUCAGGAGUAUGGGCACCUGUUGCAAAAACUCACAGAGGACAUUCUAGCUGAUAAUACCGAAGAUCAGUAAUCUGAAAACUGGCAGCACUGGAAUGCUUAAUUGAACUGACUGGGG